CCGUUUUACUCAGUUUCAGGCAAUUUCUUUCAGCGCUUUCUGGAAAUUCCAGACAUAUUGGGUUUGAAUCAUCUCCAUUCCUCUGUGCUGUAAUGACGCUCCCUACAAGUUGCUUGGCCCAGGCUUCGGCACUCGGAAAAUCCAGUUUCUUAACCAAGAAAUCAUCGUCUCUGGGGUAUAUGAAGGGUGUUCCGAGAGGAUUUGGCUUGAAAUCUACCCACUUCAAGGCAUCUGCAAUGGCAGUUUACAAUUUGAAGUUGAUUGGACCGAAUGGGGAAGAGAAUGAGUUUGAGGCACCUGAUGAUACUUAUAUUCUUGUACAAUUUUACUCAAUUGUACCCAAGCAAAACUUAGCAAAUGUAAAAGAUAUUAUGCAUUGAUAUCCGAACACCUAAUACUAAAUCAGGAUGUCUGGC